AUGUCGGGUACAGACGUUCAAAGUAGAAAUGCAAUUAUCAACAUACUUUGUACAUCAGUGUGCAUUUACACGAAGUCAAACUUAGCUUCCAGACACAUAUGUUUGGAUAAAUGUUGGUCAAAAUCUAAAUUAUAUUCGUUUUCUGUAAUAGUACAUCAUCAAAAGUCUAUUACUAAAAUCCCUUUGAUCUUUAAUCGUCAUACUCAAGCAAAUCAUAUAGUACAACUGUUUUCUGCCCUUUCUCAGAAGAACGAUUCACACAAUCAACCACCGUAUGAUGUUACGCACGAACGAUAUCAAUGUGCUGAAAUUCUGUUUGAACCACCGUUAGCUCCUUCUAAGGGUCUGCAUUUAGUAAUACCGAACUCGAUAUUACAAUGCGAUACACAAAUUCAAAACGCAAUGUUAGGAAAAAUUAUUCUAGCUAGUGGUAAGUCUCAGCAAAUUAUUCAUCCGCAUGUUUAA